AUGAGUCGGAGUCAUGUUUCCGGAAUAGAGCACGAGCGGGAGGCCGAGAUUUUUCAGCGGCGGAAGCGACCAAGUGAAGGCAGACGGGGCUCUGUGAAGGGCAAAGAUCACCUUCGAACAGCUCCCCGUCCAGGCGAUCUAAAUCUCCCUUCACGCAUGCCGGUUCAGGUUCUUGACGAUACCCGCCGCUUGCAUUCAACAACAUCGCUUAGUUCACUGUCUGUAUGUAAUCCUGCGCUGGCCAGUCUUACAUCAGGGCGCGCAAGGAGUGACAGCCUUGGCUUGCCAACCACUACCGCUUCAGGUAGAAAUCUAUCGAUUGAUACUCUUCAGCCCUCUUUUUUGUCCAAAGAGAUAGCUAUCGCAGUAGUCGGGUUUUCCGGAUGUGGCAAGUCGACAUUCAUCUCGGAGGACGCUAAAGCACACGGGGCAUCGGAUGUUGAGGCACUAUUUGCGUCGCCGGGAACUUUUCCUCCCACUCCUUUCCGUUGUAAGUUCAUAUUCAAUACAUUGCUCAUCUUGUUCUAUCUGACUGCAAUCUCUCAAGACACACGUCGCUUUGACCGGGCGAUACCACGCGAUUUUUCAAUGGUAAUCUAUGAGUUAGAUAUUGAAAGGGUCCUGCCCGAAAAUCUUCCACCUGUCAGUGGGGUUGUCGUGUGUUAUGAUGCUGCCAACAAGGCUUCAUUUUCUCCUGUGGAAGAGUUCAUCCGGCGGAUACAACCGUUGAAGCUUUCAACCAUAGCGGUGGCCUUGAAGACAGACUUGGAUGUCGUUGUCGAUCCGCAGGAGUCUUUGAACCUGUUGAAAAAUUACCAUGUUGGUCUAGUGCAGGUUGAUCACUUGGGAGAAGCAGAGAGGGCUAGGAUAAAGAAAGUGUUCAAUUGGUUGACGUUAUCUAUUUUGCCAGGUCCUCAUGCUGAUCUCCGAAAUCCCGCAUCACCAGAUGUUCGCCACUCACCGAUUACUUGGGAAGCCCGAGCAUCAGUAUCAUCAACUACAUCCACCGUUUCUUCUUCCACAGCUUCUACGCAAACCAUGUCCCAAGACCAGGGUGGCUCGUUGCGACACUCACCCACUUCUACACUCCCAUCAUCUCCACCGCCAAUCGCCAUCUCUCCAACGCGCGCCCGGUCAACUCCAGAUCUCCUCUCGACCCAUGAGAUGUCAAAAUCACGAGAGUCGUCUGAGCGAAAGUUAUCGAAUGCUCGCAGUGUCACAAGCUUUGUUGGGUCAUCAAGCGUAAAUUCCUCGUCGUUCGGCUCCUUUAUUUCUGGGAGAGAUCUUUCAUUAAAUGUUACUGAGAACGGCCAUUUUGAUCACCCUGCGAGCAAGGAGAAGGAACCUCGCUCAGGACAAUACGCAACCCUGGAGGAAUUACUUGAUAAAUUACUCUUUCUUGCUGUCAGCGGUGAUGAUCCAACAUUUAUCUCGCAUUUCCUUCUUACAUAUCGAAGAUUUGCAAGUCCUCGCAGUAUUCUGUUGGCUAUGCAGAAGCGAAUGCGACAACUCGACAAUUCGACUGGCGAUCCGAUGUUUGCGAGCUAUGCACAGAUGAGAAUAUGCCACCUACUUGAAACCUGGAUCCAGACGUAUCCACAAGACUUCGCUGUGAGGUCAAUCGUCGGGAAGACAUACCUCCUACAUUAUGGUUCCGAUUUUCUCCCUUUCCUCUCACAUCUUCCCAACAUCAUAGAUACGGAUGCGGCCUGGGCGCUCAAGUCCGAAAAUCCCGUGGAUGAGAGCGAGGAUCCAUACAGUAUAUCAGAUGGAGAGGAGGAACCACUGGUUGUUGAGACCGAACCAUCCUCUACGAGCCGUUCGUCGGUGGCUCGCUCGAAUGACAACCUCCCUAGUGCAGCGAGCGUCAGGGAACGCAAGUCAAGCUUGCCGCUUAGCGCGAAGAUAUUUAUACCAGUGAAUUCGAGUCACGGCCAAGGAGAUGUUCAAGAUAUGUCUUCGAAGGAUCUCCUGAUCAAGCUAAGGAGUAAUGCCCAGACUCUGGCUAACUUCGAAUGCUCCGCGAUCGCGGAGGAGAUCACGCGAGUGGAAGCGAAGUUAUUCAUGGAUAUCGAGCCACGGCACUGGUUACAAUAUACCCUCAUGCCCGGACGCAAAGACCCUGAGUUGGACUCAAUAUCUCGAUUCAAUGCUAUCUCCAAUCACCUUGCCGAUUGGGUGGUAUCCCUCAUACUAUGUCACGAUAAACCGAGGAACCGCGCAAGGCAGAUAGAGCGAUUCGUGGAUAUCGCGCACGAGCUCCGCGCAUUAAACAAUUACUCAGCACUGCGUGCUUUCGUUGCUGGAAUCAAUAGCUCCACUUUCCAGGGCGAUGAAACCAUGGAGAUUUUCAAAAACAAGACUCCAGAUCACUACAAGAAUCUCUUGUCUUGGGAUGUUCUUCUUCAACAUCGCGGAGCUCAUCAGGCUUAUCGCAUGGCGCUCAAAAACACCAAAGGCGCUUGUAUACCAGCGCUGGAGGUCCAUAUGUCCGACUUGAUCCGUGCCCACGAAGGAAACCCCAAUGUCAAUCUGGAUGAUCCUACAAAAAUUCAUUGGGGAAAAUUUAAUAUGUUUGGUCGGUUUAUUCAAACCACCACUCACUGCCAGAUACAGUGCCAAACAAAUCCGGAUUAUUGCUUACCAUCGCGAGAUCGAAUACUGAAGGUCAUAUUUAACGAAUAUGUCAUGUCGGAAGAUAUGCAAACAUCUCGAAUGGCACCUCUCCCAGACUCAGAUUUAGUUGAAGAACCCUUCCGCUCCACGCUGCCUCGAACAAUGUCACGCGAACAUUCAACAUCCUCCCAGAGAGAUACAACAAUUCUUCGCAGAAUACUGCAACGAUGAAUACAGCCCCCAGCAUGUAUCAGGAUUUUCCUUUAUGUAUCUGCAGUUUGUUUCUAUUCAUCUGUCGCUCUCAGAGAUCCCAUUUGUUUGAUACCCCGUCUUUGUACGUAUCAUAUUUGUUGUUAUUCGGCAAAUGUACCCUUUCAUGUUCAAGUUAUGUCGCUACUUCACACUCAUCCCAUAGGCACAGUAGUAAAUCUUAGCAUCCAUCGAACCAGUCGAAGAAUAUGUUGCACCUAUGACCAAUUGAUAUGUGUAAUGCUCUGCAGUCAAACUUCUCUUGACAAAAUUUUGGAUCGAGCA